AGCUGGGGCUGCAUUCCCACAAGUCUCUGCUGGAAAGAAGCUUCCAGAAAGAGGGGCAAAAGCAGGGCUAUGGGGUGAGAAGGGAAGGGGUGAAGCUCUGAGCCACAGCCACAAAGCAGGUUUGGAGGGAAGGCUGAAGAGAGUGAGACAUCCAGGAUACUGUCAGUGUGUGGAGAAGACCCUUUCUCAGAAUGGAGAGUUCCUUGACUUCGGCAGGUCUCCUGUAACUGACAUGGCCUCAAAAUUGUAAUUAACUCCACAACGAGUGUGGAGUUGACACUUGCAAAACAGCGCUGAGGCAUCUUGCUGACUUCAGCUGAAACUUGCAGCAUUGUUGCUGAGUCAUCAGGACAGAAGUACUCGGGGAAGAAAUGAAGAAUUUGGAUUUUUAACCCUAAUAUCUCUUGUCUGGACUUUGGAAAUAACUUUGGUUCUUGGAUUCCUUCUGUUGACCCGGGAGAGUUAGUGUAGAGGCCAGAUUGAGAAUAUGCCUUCAUGACGAAGUCUCUACAAAGCUGAUCCCAUCUUGGCUUUAAGAUAAAAAGAUGGCCUAUCACAAGGUGAAUGCAGACCAGAGGGCACAGGGGCACUCUCCAUACCUUGACAACGACGAGCUCCAAGCCACAGCGUUGGAACUGGAGUGGGACAUGGAAAAAGAGCUGGAGGAGCCUGGCUUUGACCAUUUCCGACUGGACAGUGCAGCCCAGCACCACCUGGGGAACUCACAGAGCCCUGACCUCGACCUGGAGCCCAUCCAGCCUUCCUCUUCUCCAAAGGGAAGAUUCCAGAGGCUUCAGGAAGACCCCGACUACAUCUCCCACUACACCAGACAGGCACCAAAGAGCAACCGCUGCAGCUUUAUUCAGAUACUCAAAGUAUUUUGCACUGCUUUGAUUUUAUUUAUUUUUGGAAUUGUGAUAGGAUAUUAUGCACGCAAGAAAUGCCCUUCUCCCCCAGCAUCUGAAGAACCAAAUAAUCCUCACAUCUACCAUGAAAUUCUCAAGGAAAUCAAAGCUGAAAAUAUUCAACGAAUUUACAGAGAUUUGUUAGAGUUCCCCAGGGAAGAUGAUGCAGACAUUGCAGUGAAAAUCCUGGGUCAGUGGCGUUCCCAAGGCCUGGAAGAUGUCCGGCUGGUGAAUUACUCCGUUCUGCUUGACCUGCCAGGCCCUUCUUCAAACACAGUAACUCUGCAAAACAGCGGGGAGUGCUUUUAUCCGAGUGGACAGCAGUGCAGCAGAGACCCCAAAACACUUCACAGUCAAGACCUCCUGUACUCCUACGCAGCUUAUUCUGCCAAAGGAACUCUUGAGGCAGAGCUUGUUGAUGUCCAGUAUGGGACCAUGGAAGACCUGAUCCGGAUUCAAGCCAUCACAAACGUGACCAAAAAAAUUGCACUUUUGAAGCUCGGACAAUCACCUUUACUCUAUAAGCUUUCUCUGCUGGAAGAUGCAGGGUUUGGUGGUGUUCUCCUUUACACUGAUCCUUGUGACUUACCAAAGACUGCAGACCUCGCUGAUAAAGCUUUUAUUGUCUCCUUGAACAGCGGGGGAGAUCCGUCCACGCCUGGUUAUGCCAGCAUCGAUGGAAGCUACAGGCAACAUCGACCGAACCUCACAACACUGUUGGUACAACCAAUUUCUGCAGUGCUUGCCAGAAAACUUCUUUCCCUUCCUGAGGACACUGCCCAAAAAGACAGGUGUACACCCCUCCAAGUACCAGCUGCAGGUAAAAAAACAAUCAGCCUGAACAUUCAGUCUGUCACAACUUACAAGACAAUUUCUAAUGUCAUUGGAUACCUAAAAGGAGCUGUAUUUCCUGACAGGUACAUCAUCAUUGGAAGCCAUCACAGCAGCUUGAGGGGUUAUGGUGGGCAAGGCUGGGCCAGCAGCACUGCUGUCAUCACAGCCCUGCUCCAAGCCCUGAUGCCAAAGGUGAAGAGGGGCUGGAGGCCUGACAGGACCCUGCUCUUCUGCUCCUGGGGAGGAACAGCCUUGGGCAACGUCGGCUCCUACGAGUGGGCUGAGGAUCUCAGGAGCGUUCUUCACAGAAAUGUUGUGGCCUACGUCAGCCUCCAUAAUCCAGUCACAGGCAACUCAACUUUACACCCUGUUGCAUCCCCUUCUCUUCAGCAGCUGGCAGCAGAGAGCCAGAGCUUCAGCUGUGUGGAAAAGGCUAAAUGUCCAGGAUCCAAUGUGAGUUCUGUGCAGAUACAGGGAGAUGCAGAUUAUUUCAUCAACCACCUCGGAGUACCUGCCACGCAGUUUUCCUAUGAGGACAUCAAAGCAUCAGAGAACUCCAGCUUUCUCUCUGAAGCCCUUUAUCCUGUACAUGCAACAAAAACUGAAGAGCUGGAUCCCUCCUUCAGCCUGCACGAGACCAUUGCAAAGCUAACAGGACAAGUGACUUUGCAAAUUGCCACUGACCCGGUUUUGCCGUUCAAUGCCCUCGACAUCGCGUUGGAAGUCCAGAACAGUCUGAAAGGUGAUGAGGCAGGAGUCUCUCAGCUGCUGGCAGUGGCGGCACGGCUGAGGGACACGGCGGAGCUGUUCCAGUCAGACGAGAUGCGCCCGGCCAAUGACCCCCGGGAGCGAGCUCCUGUCAGAGUCAGGAUGCUCAACGAUGUGCUGCAAGGCUUGGAGAAAAGCUUCCUGGUCCGUCGAGCUCCUCCAGGGCUUUACAGAAAUAUCCUUUACAGACUGGAUGACAGGACCAGCCACUUUUCAGUACUGCUGGAUGCACUGGAGCGCUGCAAACUACAUCAGUCAAAUGAGACUAUUCAAGCAGCCUUGUCAGAGGUGCUGAACAGCAUCAAUUCAGCUCAGGUUUACUUCAAAGCAGGACUUGAUGUGUUUGAGACUACCUUAGCUGGAAAGAAAUGAGAGGAUUCUCUGCAUUCUAAGGCAUUUGUUUACAACUCGCUAAACAAAAGUUCAAGUUGGACCAGAAUUGCUCUGAGGAUCAAACCUUUCUCAGCCUUUCCUUCAGCUGGCGCUUAAAGGUACUGCAACACGUGGUUUAAGAAAUGUAAAACACUAUUUUGCACUGUUCACAAUAUAUCUCAAAUAUCUGCUCCUGAAUGUAUGAAACCUAAAGAGAGGGAAUAACACUUCAGAGAUGAUUUUUGGAAGGACAUCUGCUGUAUUUUUAUAUGCAAAAUAUGUUUUUAUCACUAAGAGCUCAAUCUUGCGAAGUACCAAGCACAUCCUGCCAUGUGCUGAAGCCCUGGUUCUGAGAUGUGCACACAGGGGAGAUUUUCUCGGUCAGAAAACUCAAGUUUCUUAAUGUUUUCAGCAAGCUCAUCUUCUUCCUUACUCUAUUCAGAGUAAGUAGUUGAAGGAUGUGGUGUUUCCAUGGGUAUCCAGCACCGGUGUGGAAAUGCACAGAACACCUUUACUCCUGUGGAACAAUAAAUACCUCAGUUCUGAGAAUACAGAUAAACUUUGAUUCUUCCAUUUCUGUAUGAAAAUAAAGAGUUGUUUUCGCUAA